AUGAACGGGCUGCGCGUGAGCGUAAGUUGGAGAACUCCUAACUCAGAAACAAGACCACCCAUUAAUCUGUAUGAGGCUAUCUUAUGCAGCCAACUAAUGGGUGCUAUAGAGUAUUGGGCGGGGAGGUACUACGAGCAGACAAGAGGCUUAGCAAUGGGGCAACGGUUAGCGCCUACUUUGGCCAUAGCCUUUAUGUCCAAAAUAGAAGCGCCCGCUUUAGAACACCGCCCCUUGCUCUACAGUCGCUAUGUUGAUGACUGCUUUGUGAUCUGCUCCACACAGGAAGAGAUGGACAUGUGCUUCGAACUUCUCAACACACAGUCUGAGCACAUUAAGCUGACACGGGAAAAACCAUCCAAAAAUUGGCUACUCUUUCUUAACAUUCAAGAUCCAGGGUGA